CUAUACUUCGGUUGCAUCCUAUUUUUACUCCGCCGACCAUCAGCUAUACCAGAAAAUUGUACUGAUCCUAAGUGGAAACACUUCAAGGUCUGUUAAUUAUUUGAAUUUUCUUUAACUUGCAAGGUUAGCUGCAAUUACUAUCCUAAAACAGCUAGUUUUUCUGUGGUAAAGGGUUGCUUAGGGGCACUAGACGGGACACAUGUGAGGCUGUGUGUUAGGACAGAAGAUAAACCUAGGUAUCGAGAUCGGGAAGGGCAUAUUACAAUGAAUGUUUUGGGAGUGUGCAACCCCAACCUCGAGUUUAUAUACUGCUUAGCUGGAUGGGAGGGUUCAGCCCAUGACGGAAAGGUUCUUAGAGAUGCAUUAGCUAGGACAAAUGGACUACGCGUUGAGAAAGGAAAAUACUACUUAGUAGAUGCCGGGUAUAGCAACUCUAAAGGGUUUUUAGCUCCAUAUAGAGGUCAAAGGUAUCAUUUGAAAGAGUGGGGAGGAGGUAAUAAACCAUUAACAGCUGAGGAGUACUUCAAUAUGAAGCAUGCCACAGCAAGAAACGUUGUUGAGAGGAUUUUUGGUAUUUUGAAAAUGAGAUGGGCCAUUAUUAGAGAAACCAGCUGGUUCUCCCCUGAGGUUGUUACACUAUUAGUGAAUGCAUGUUGCUUGCUGCAUAAUUUCAUCAAGCUGGAGCAGGGAGUUGACACUUUUGAGAGAGAUUAUAGGGACCAAGAACCUGAGCAGCAUCCUUCAUCUGUUGUGGAAGAAAUUGAUCUAGUCUCUGGAGUAUGUCCUUCACAAAGUUGGACUCAUUAUAGGGAUGCAAAAGCAGUAGACAUGAUGGCAAAGAAGAGAAAGCAGGUGAUACAAGUUGAAGGAGAAGUUCAGCCUACAGGCCCCUACUUCUCGUGGGAUGAGAAGCUUAAUGCAUUGCUCAUACAAUGCAUGGUGGAGUUAGUACAAAGACAUCAAGUUGAAAACGGUUCCUUUAAGAAUGGGACCUUUUCUAAGCUCCAAACCAUGAUGGAGGAGAGGGCUCCAGGUUGUGGUGUGCAGAUUGAACCGCAUAUCCGUAGCAGACACAAGAAAUUGAAGAAGGACUUUCAUGUUGUACACUUGCUGAAAAAUCAGAGUGGUUGUGGGUGGGAUGUUGCAACCUCUACUCCAACACUAGAUGAUGACGUUUUUGCAAGUGUAGUUAAGGUUUUCCCAAACUGCAAAAAUAUGAACAGGAAGCCUUUCCCAUUCUAUAAUGACCUAUUCAAAGUGUUUGGGAAGGUUGGACCUGCCAAUGGAAAGAAGACUUUUGGUCUGACUGAUGAUGUUGACUCCCCAGUGGUUGAUGUAACUGCAUUUGUUGACUUGGAUGGGCUUCAGACGCCGAGUGUAGAGAGGUUUAUGGAGGAUUUGAUAAAUGAAGGGAUUGAGAGUCAGAGGGUCACUCCUCCAUCUCCUGCAGUUGUGCCUCCGCAUCUAGCUGCUGUUCAUCCAGGAGAAGGGAGCAACAAGAGGGCUAAGAAGAUAGAGAGUAAGACCGAUGAUGCUAUUGCUGCUGUAGCUCAAGAAUUGUGUGGAUUGAAGCCUGUCAUAUCCAAGGCACUUGAUGCUCUAGGCACCAUUAUAGAAGACCGUGAGGAAGACACUGGAAAGGAAGCUACAUUGAUGGCUGAGAUUGGGAAAAUAGAAGGCCUUGGACGCUGCCAAGUUCUAGAUGCUGCUAUGGCAUUAGUUGAGAAUGAUCGCAAGACAAGACUUUUCUUCUCUCUUGAUAAUGAGGAGGAUCGAAAGUACUUCAUUCACAACUUACUGCGUUGAGAAGUGCUGAAUCAUGGGAGCUAUUAGCUAUAGUAUGUUGUGUCGUAUAUAUGUAUGCAGUGUUGUACAUUUUGAACUGAACACAUAUAGUAUGGAUAGGAAACUCGACCUCUUAUGCAGAGCUGACUCAGAAGAGCUAGCAUGCAACUGUUAAAGUAGGAGGUCGAUUAUUUUGGAAAGUUUCCAAGCCAUUCCAAUAUGUGUCGAAGAAUUGGCUAUGUAUUCAGUUUAAGUUGUAUAUUUCUGACUUAUUAAUAUAUGCAGGUUAUUUAUGUAUAUAUGCUGCAAUCUUAUAAUUUUCAUUUCCAUUACUAAAGACUAUGGCUUGAU